AUGCGCGGGCUCGCUGUCCCUCUGCUGCUGCUGCUGCUGUCCUCGGGGGCGGCCGCCGAGGAGAUCCUGGGGGGCUCCGAGUGCAGGCCGCACUCGCGCCCCUACAUGGCCCACCUGGAGGUCGUCGGCCCCCAGGGCCACGCGCACCGCUGCGGCGGCUUCCUGAUCCGACGGGACUUCGUGCUGACGGCGGCCCACUGCGCGGGGAGGUCCAUCACCGUCACGCUCGGCACGCACAACACCACGGAGCGGGAGGGCACGUGGCAGCGGAUCGCGGCCGAGCGGCAGUUCCCGCACCCCGGCUACCGGCCCGGCCGCGUCGUGCACGACAUCAUGCUGCUCAAGCUGAGGGAGAAGGCCGCGCUGACGCUGGCGGGUGGCCCGGCUGCCGAGCCCCUCCCGGCCCGGCUGCGCCCCGUGCCCCCCGGCAGGCUGUGCCGGGCCGUGGGCUGGGGGCGGACGAGCGUGGGGGGGCCCGGCUCCGACGUGCUGCGGGAGGCCAAGAUGCGGCUCCUCCCGGCCUGGGCCUGCGGCCACUUCGCCGGGUUCCGCGGCGGGCGCCAGCUGUGCGUGGGCAGCCCCGCCACGCGCCGCAACGUGUACAAGGGCGACUCCGGGGGCCCCCUCCUGUGCGCGGGCAUAGCGCAUGGUGUCGCGUCCUACGUGCACGUGAGCGCCAGGCCCCCCGCCGUCUUCACCCGCAUCUCCUACUACCGGGACUGGAUCAACAGAAUCUUGAGGGCGAAUUAACCCCGGGG